AUGGCGGAAAGUAGAAAUUCAAAUGAAUUGAUCGAAGAAGCUUGUAGGAAAUUGUCAGAGAAACUAAACUUCCCGUUCAAAUUAAAAACCGAGCAACGCAAUGCAUUGGAGUCACUGCUUAACGGGAAUGAUGUUCUUGCUGUUUUACCAACGGGAUACGGCAAGAGUCUGAUAUUUCAGUUGUAUAUUUUGGUUGCCCAAAUUGAAAGGAUCAAAAGAACUGCUUUAGUUGUUUGCCCUUUACGAAGUAUCAUUGACGAUCAAAUUGGCGAGGCAAGAGGUUUUGGUAUUUCCGUUGCAUCGCUAGCUGAUCUGUCCGAAGACGAGUUAAAAGCAAGUGAAUUCGAACUUUUAUUUGGUUCAGCUGAGACAGUUUUGGAUAAACGAUUCCUGGAUAUUUUAAAGGACCCCGACGCAUCGUUAAACCGCGUUUUGUCUGUAAUUGUCAUUGACGAAUCUCACACGGUGGAAAUGUGGACAGGACAAAGGUGUCGUUCUCGUAUUAUGAUACGUAAUAUAAUCAGUUUAAUUAAUACCUAAAAAAAAUUGACAACCUUUGCUUAUGUUAUGUAUUAAUGUAAAUAAUUAUAGAUUUGUGUUAUUAUAUUUGUGAUUUUAUGUAUUUAUAGGUCAAGAGGAAAAAAUCUCAGCACCUCCGGUGGUGGCUUUCGUGAAGCAUUUGGGAAGUUGUCUACCUUACGGUCGUUUUGUAAGCAAGGUGAGAUCCGAUAUAUUACAUUGUAUAUAUUAUACUGUGUAUAAAAUAUACAUGAUGUUUAUACUAGGAGUGUGUCAACACCGGGCAAGCUGAAAUGUUUGCUUGACUGCGGUGGGAAUUGAACCCACAACCUUUGGUCAAUGACCAACCUCGUAGCUCGGUUGGUAGAGCAUUGGACUAGCAAAACCCCAAGAUUUUCAGGGAAGAGUUUGAGAACCCCUGCAAAUUCUUUGUAUUUUUCAUCAGUUCAAUUUUCAACUGGCCCAAACUCUCUAAAUGUCAUUGUUUUCAAUACCUAUUUGGUCACUUGUUCCCUUGACUGCCUCUUGUAUUUUUGGCCUCCAAUAUCUCGUAUGUAUUAGUUUCCCAAUAUAAUUUACUUUUUUCAGGAACACAUGUACUUGCAAUAACAGGCACUGCAGAUGAUGAAACACAAAAGGUGAUAAUCAAAGGACUGAGCCUAAAACAGACCAAACGGUUUUAUGUGAGCCCAAAUCGUCCAAACCUUAGAAUUUCUGUGAUCAAAUGCAAAAAGCAGGAAAUGUUUACAAACUUGGAAUGGCUAAUCAGGUUGGUGAAGGAACAAGGAACUGCUACACCAAAAUCUAUUAUAUUUUGUAAUGGUUCGCUGACUGAUAUUGCUGCUGUGUUCAACCAUAUGUUACUACAGUUGGGAAGUUAUGCAUAUUUCCCACAAGACAGCCAAACUUCACCAAACUGUCUUGUAGGAAUUUAUCAUUCCUUGACUUUGCAAAAGUAUAAAGACAGGAUCACAAACUCUUUUAAGGGCAAUGGAAAAAAGAGAAUUAUUAUUGCAAGUUCAGCACUUAGCAUGGGAGUAAAUUUCCCAGACGUGCGAUACGUUAUUCAUUGGGGACCAUCACGUAACAUGUUGGACUAUCAUCAACAGUCUGGUCGGGGAGGGAGAGACAACAAACCCACCCAAGUGCUGACCAUUUAUUAUGGACAACAGAUAAGUUUCUGUGAGGAGAAUGUCAAAGCAUUUCUGCGUACAACCAGCUGUUACAGAAUUGAAGCUUAUAAGCCUUUUGACAGAAAUAUUACACCAGUCAAACCUGCUCAUGCAUGUUGUAGGAAUUGUGCAAAAACAUGCAAAUGCUCAGAUGGGGAAAAUGAGUGUUCAGAAACGGUACCUGUGUUUGAAGUGGAAAAAAAUGAUGAUGUUUUGCCACCAACUACACAUCUUUCCCGACCAAUCUCUUCAUCUGAUAAAGAGGACCUACAUGACGGACUACAUGAAAUGGUUCAGGUAAUCCUUCCAACAAUGAGGUUAUUGAAUGAGAACAUGUCAGAUGGUUAUGUUGAUGAAUUAAUAGUUGACAUUGUGGAUAAUGCCCACACUAUAUUUACCAUAGUGGAUGUUAUAAAAUACUUGCCAGUAUUUGCUUUUCAACAUGCUAUCAAAAUCCUAGAAAUAUUCCAUGAUAUAUUUGAAGAUAUACCAAACCUUGAUAUAAUGGUUGAAAUGUUUGGCAGAAAUGAACCAACUUUAUAUGACAUACCCCAGCCUGUAGAAUACACAUUUGAUGAUAUUGACUCAGAUGACCAAAUGGAAACUGAAUGUGACUUUGAAUAA